AGAAAAUCACAACCCUUAAUCCUCCAAUAUCUCUUCCCCGCCAUUCAUCAAAACCAUGAUCAAGAUGAUCAAGAUUGUGCUCACCAUCAUAGCCGUAACCAUGGCCUUAACCCUAAUUCUCACCACCAAAACCUCCAAUGACGAGCUGCAUGGUGCUCAGCCGCCCUCCGGACCUGUUUUUCUUGAGAGGAAAACGGCCGCUGUGAAAAGGGUGAGCCGGUUUUUGCAGCAAAAGGAGAGAAAUCCAAGAGCAGCCGAUCACUGCAGAAAAGACAACGAGAUUUGCGACUACGUUCUUGAAGGGAGAAACGCGACUUGCUGUAAUAACAAGUGCAUGGACUUGGGGUACGACAGCAAGAACUGCGGGGCAUGCAAGAAGAAAUGCGCUUUCACAGAGUCGUGCUGCAGAGGAGAGUGUGUGAAUCUUGCCUACGAUAAGAGACACUGCGGUUCUUGCAACAACAGGUGCAUGCCUGGUGGAUACUGUAUAUACGGCAUGUGCGACUACGCGUAAACAAGUGGGGAAUGCUGGAAAAUUUGAUUGGAGAAGUGGUCGUAAAUUAAUUAAAUUUUGUCUAUUUCUAUUUUGUAUUAUCAAACAAUUGAGGAAAAUUCGAAAACCACAUUUGAACAAGUGGUUUUCAUUCCCUGAUUAUUUUACUACUGUUAAAAUUCUUACAAAACCCUCAAGUGUAUACUUUAAUUGUAUACAUAUGAA